AUGUGUCUGUCUACCUCGCCGGCCGCCUCUCUUCGUCUGCACCGUCGCCCUCGCUGCCUCGCUGUCUCGCUGCCUCUGCUUCUGCCUCUGCCUCUCCUGUACCUGUCUUCCUCUUUGCUAUCUUCGCCUCUGCUCUCGCUGCUCUUCCUGUCUGUCUGUCUGUCGUGUGAGAGAUACUAUGGGCCUCUACUGCCGGAUUUCGUGAUCACUGCCGUCUCUCUCUCUGUCUGUCUGUGGGAUCCUCCAUCUCCGCCAGCUCUUCCUCCCGUCUCUCCUCCUCCCUCUUCCUCGUCCUCGUCUUACUCUACUGCUGUCUCCUGCAAGCCAUCUUUUUCUUCUCUACUACUACUAUUACUACUCUCUUCCUCCCGAACUCCAGAGCAGCAGUUCAAUUCGGUGGCUAUGUUGAUUGACGGCGAGAAAUGGGCGUGCGAUGCUUGUAUCCGGGGCCAUCGCGUUAGCACCUGCAACCACUCGGAUCGCCCCCUGAGCCAUAUCAACAAGAAAGGCCGGCCAGUGUCGCAAUGUCCUCACUGUCGUGGCCUACGCAAAGCCCGGACAAGCCACGCAAAGUGCGAGUGCGGCGAGAAACCACACAGCAAGGCGGAUUGUCCGCUGAACGGAACCGCUGCUGACGGCCAGAAAACCGCUGGUGGCCGAAAGCACUGCUGCUGUGGACAUGGCGGCCGCUGCACCUGUGCGUCCAAGCGAGACUCGAACCUCGAAACCGUGCCCGAGACCGGCCCCGUCGCAGCGGCAAGACGGUCUACUGUCUCUGGCGUCAAGAGACCGCAUAUUACCACCUCCAAGAAGCAAAAGGAAGCCAGCAAACGGGUCCAUCCAUAUCCGCUGCCUCGCUCCCGAACCAUCCAUGGGACCGCUGACCUGGCUCAUCUGUCGAUGGACCACCUGAAUGAGGGAUACGGCUCUCAGGGCGUCUCCGCGUACCCAGACCUGGUCACCAGUGCCCCUCGUCCUGUACGGAGAGUCAAGUCUGAGAACGGCUCCCCGGUCGCAGAGGUGUCUGACAUGAAGGCACAGCUCUCCCUCGACAUCCCCUACCAGCACUUCCCAGACCAGAUGGGCCUGUCAAUGCCCAUCUUGGACUACCCACAACAGUCUCCCGGGCUAUACUACCCGUCAGAUAUCGAUUUUGGCUUUGAGGCGGCGAUCUCAAACGGGCCGUCCAUAGACUGGUCCACCUUUGAUCUGCCGUACGGCUCUGACGCAUACACCGCAACCUACAGCCAGCCAGCCUCCUAUGCCAGCUAUGACUACAACACCACCACCUUCGGCCACCCUGGCCUGGCCCGCUCCUCGUCCGGAGACACCUCUGAUGCCGACGAGCUGCUGCCCAUCGUCGGCACCGGCUCCGAGGCCGGCAUGUAUCACCUGGGCAGCACGCCGCCCUCCCAGCUCGACCUGCCCUCCCAGUUCGCCAUGUCUCAGACCUACAAGCCUGCUGCCAUUGAGCCGGUCCUCCACGCAGCAAAUGACGGCGUCGACGUCAACAACCAUCACCAGCAGCAGACGCAGGCAUAUCCUGCCAGCGGAAGCCACAGCAGCUUUGUCGAUGCCAGCAACGCCCCCAUGAUCAUCCCACCCGCCGCCUACACCUCUGCCGGGGCAAACGAGCCGCUCUGGGUUUCGGCUUCCUACCCGGGUACCAUGAUGUCCCCGGUCUCCAUCUCCGUCCCCGAGCAACAACAGCAACAACAGCAACAGCAACAACAACAACAACAGGCUCAAAUAUGGACUCGGUGA